AAAAUCUACUCUGUGUUUGCCCUAUGCAAACUAUUUCAUGGGUUUCUUUACCUUCACGGGAAUGGGUCAGGGUGAGGUAUGGGAAAAGGGUCGCCAUUGGGUUCAGUAUCAUUUGAUUUUCUACAUGAGAGAGCCCCAUCACACGGAAAGGUUGCUCUGCUUCAGGGCGUACUAGUUUUUCCCCUGGCUUUCAAAGCAAGAAGCUAGUAUUACUUACAAACAUUAAUGAGUUUCAUGUUUAUAAUAAAACUGUUUUUUUCUUUAUCCAGUUGUUUUUCUUCAACUGCCUCAUUCAAAACCUCAGAUAAAAUCUUCUGGAAAUGCCACAGGUUCUGAGAUGGAUGUCAAAAUGGCUGCCAGGACUAAAUAUCUCCUGGCUAGAAGGACAUGCUUUGUUUUGGAGCUCAGACAAAGGAACACAAGCCAGAGCCCUGAUAUCUCCAGCAGAUCACAUGAUAUAAAUUGCUGUCCAAAAGGAGGCUCUGGAGAACCUCAGUAACCUCCAGGAAAGCUCUGAGGUUAGAGAGACGAGCACAGCCAAGGAAGACAUGAGGAGUCUGGUGGCAUCACUGAUCGUGAUUCUGGCCCUGGCAGCUCUCUGCUGUGGUGAGAAAGGCAUCAAGAUUAAAAAAGAAGUUGCCAAUACCUUUGUGAAGAGGCAGAAGAGAUCCAGCCUGUAUGAAUGGUACUAUGAGUAUUACAAAAGUCCAAUGGAGCAGAUGCAUGAGCGUUGUGAAAACUACCCCCCCUGUGACUAUCUUUCCGACCAAAUAGGAUUUUCCAUGGCCUACAACCGUUUCUUUGGGAGAUACUAGGG